AUGGGGAAAUCAGAUUACCAAAGUCAUGACCCACGUCUUCAUUACAUCUUACGUGUUGCUUCACAUAUCUUUACACUGAACUUAACGGAAAAUAAAUUUCCAAAUUUGAAUUCCAUACAGGACUUCUGCAAUACCAGUACGUCCCUGUUAAUUAUUGCAAUGGAUGAAAAGAACAGUAAGAUUGAAAUUAGUAAUGAAAUACGGAAUGACCAUGCAAAUUUGACACGAGUGAUUUUCUAUAAGCUUAAAGCUGCGCCCUUGUCAUUGGAUGUCUAUAAAAAUGAAAUAUCAGUAUUAUCACUGCGUGGACGUCCAACUGAUGUACUAAUUCGAUCAGUAGAAGAAGUAUUCAGAAAAGCAGUAAGUAAUGAUUCCGAAAUAUCACGUGAUGAAUCACAUCAUCACUGGAACAUAAAUGAAUCUGUAGUGAUCAGUAACCAAAAGUCCGAGUUAGAUAAGGAAGAAAGUUUGCGCAAAUACGAAUUAGUGAAUGAAGAAAUAACUUACUGGAAAGCUAGAAAGGACAGUACAGCACUACAGUAUUGUAGUAUACUGAAAAAAAUGCAAAUAGAAAAACUUGUGGAUUGCAAUAUUAAUGACAUCAAUCAAAUCAUCGACACAACAGAAAAUUGUUUAGACGCACUCUGGAAUUGUAAGCCUGCAUUUCCUCAGUAUCGAAUGGAACAAUUGCUGCACAAUAUUGGUAAGGGCAUCCUUUUUUAUUUGAACUUUGUUUAA